CAUUAGAGAUUUUUCAUGGUAAUUAUUGUAAAACAACACUGUAAUUUUUUUUUCCUCGGCACUCACCGUCCCACACCCGAACACUUCGGUGGCAUUAACGUUAUCUCGUUCCACUCCGACAACAACCUUUGAGCUUCAUUCACAAACUAAUGACCAUGUUACUGAGGAGAAGAGGAACCUCGUAUUUCCGUAACCUCACCACAGAAACCAAACAAGGUGGUGAUUAUUCUAAAGAUCAAAACUUUACUCAUAUUCUCAAUCAAAUUUGCACCAUCACUCGAACUAAACCACGAUGGGAGAAUACCCUUCUUUCCCAAUACCCAUCUUUCAAUUUCUCAAACCCCAAUUUCUUCCUCCAUUAUCUCAAUCACCAGAACAAUUCCUUUCUCUCUCUUCGUUUUCUUCAAUGGCUCACUUCUCAUUGUGGUUUCUCACCUGAUCUAUCUUCAUGCCAUGCUCUUUUUGAUGCCCUUGUUGAUGCUGGUGCCUUCAAAGCUGCAAAAUCAUUGCUUGAUGAUUACCCUGGUUUUAAUCCAAAGCCUGCUUCUUUGGAGUCUUACAUUCGAUGUCUCGGGAAAGGUGGAAUGGUUGAGGAUGCAGUUGAUGUGUUUGUUAGAUUGAAACAGGUUGGAUUUUUACCUUCUAUGUCAAGUUUUAAUGCGGCUUUGUUGGCUUGUUUGAAAGUUGGGAGGACUGAUCUGGUUUGGAAAUUGUAUCAACAUAUGAUUGAAUCAGGUGUUGUUGCUAACAUUGAUGUUGAAACUGUUGGGUGUCUUAUUAAGGCGUUUUGUGCUGAGAAUAAAGUUUUUGAUGGGUAUGAGCUUCUUAGACAGGUGCUUGAGAAGGGUUUGUGUCCUGAUAAUACUGUUUUUAACUCGCUUAUAGCUGGUUUUUGUAAGGAGAGACAAUAUGCUAGAGUUUCUGAGAUCCUUCAUAUUAUGAUUUCCAUGAAGUGUAAUCCGGGUAUUUAUACUUAUCAAGAAGUCAUUCAUGGACUCUUCAAGAGGAAGAACGAUGAGGGUUUUAGGGUUUUUAAUGAUCUUAAGGAUAGAGGGUAUUUUCCGGAUAGGGUUAUGUGCACAACAGUGAUCAAAGGUCUUUGUGAUAUGGGGUUGCUUGGUGAGGCCAGGAAGUUGUGGUUUGAGAUGAUUCAUAAAGGAUUUGUGCCGAAUGAGUACACAUAUAAUGUGAUGAUAGAUGGUUAUUGUAAGAUUGGUGAUUUAGUUGAGGCAAAGAAGCUCUAUGAUGAUAUGUGUGAUAGAGGUUAUGCAGAAAAUGUGGUUAGCUACACUAUAAUGAGUUCGGGUAUGUGUUUGCAUGGAAGGGUUGAUGAAGCUCUGAGCUUGUUUCAUGAGAUGUCUCGAAAGGGUGUUGCUCGUGAUUUGAUUAGUUACAACUCCUUAAUCAAAGGCCUUUGCCAGAAAGGCGAGCUAGUUAAGGCUACUGAUUUGCUGCAUGAACUUCUUGCACAGGGAUUUGAGCCAUCAGUUUCUUCAUUUACUCCUCUCAUAAAAAGCCUUUGUGAAGUUGGUGAAACUGAGGGUGCAAUGAGGUUGUUGAAAGGUAUGCAUGAUAGGCACUUGGAACCAAUUGCUAGUACACAUGAUUAUAUUAUAACUGGGUUAUGUAAAGAAGGAAAUCUUGCACAAGGUAUGGAAUGGUUGCUAAAGAUGAUGAGUUGGAAGCUGAAACCUAAGGAGCAGACCUUUGAGAACCUGAUUGAUGGUCUAUCACAGAAAGAUAGGGUAGAUGAUAUUUUGAUUGUUUUAGAUAUAAUGUUUAGAGAAGGAUAUAGACUCAAAGAAAGCAUAAUUCAUUCUUUGGUCAGUAAAUUAAGCAAAGAGAAUUUCCAUUUUCCUAAUUUGUGUUUGGAGAAGCUCGUAGAAAGAAAUCAAUGCAACUGAUUUUGAUUUUCUUCUCAAACCCAUUUUCUUUCAUGGGUUGUCUAGUAUUCUUCACAUACUGUGUUGUUAGUGGCGGUUUUCAAGGGUUGGGAAAAGGGUUGCGGCUGGUGUUGGGAAUGAGACUAAGGAGAAUUUACCAAAUAGUACUUUGUUUAAAGUGGCAAAGUUUUGUUCUGUUGGUUUCUCUUCUUUCAAUUUUGUUAUUUUUCUUGUUAAUUACUUUUAGUGGUAUACUAGUGGUUGGUCAGAAGAAAAGCUCGAUACUCUUUUUGAUUUAGGUUUGAAAACAGUUGCUUAGUGUGUUGUUUGUGUUUGCUUUCAUAAAGGGUCCUUGUUUUUCUUCAGUUCAAGUCAGAGAAAAAGAAGGUUUCCAGUUUUUCAGAGCUUUAUGUGUCUUCUAUCUCUUUGUUUCAUGUUAUUGCUUUGUGGUUUACAUUGUUGUUUUGUAUGAAAAUCGCGUCGAGUUAACCGUUUAAUGCAUUGUUUCUGACGUGGUUUCGGUUAGACUUCUUCUAAGGGCAGUUAUAGGCAGUUAUGAGGAUAUUCCUCGGCUAGAUAGUGGAGAUAGUGUGGUUGGAGCUUUUCCAACUUUUAGAGAAAAACUAGAAGCUGAUUGUGGUGCAGUCAAUAGAGUAACCUCACUUAAGUUGGUUAAGUCAAUAUUAAUCUCAGGGUGGAAAGAGCUUGUAAUCAUUGCUUUUCUUGCACUGUUAAACACUCUUGCCAGUUAUGUCGGUCCUUAUCAUAUCGGUUCUCUUGUUCAAUAUCUUGAUGGAAAAAGGCUAUAUGAGAAUCAAGGCUAUGGUUUCUGCGUUUUUUCUUGCAAAGGUUGUAGAGUGCUUAACACAAAGGCAUUGGUUCAUUAGGUUGCAGCAACUCGGACUUCGUAUCCGAGGACUGCUCGUGACUAUGAUAUUUAAAAAAACCUUGACACUUUCAUGUCAAUCAAAGCAAUGUCACACUUCUGGAGAAAUAAUCAAUUUCAUGACUGUUGAUGCUGAAAGAGUUGGUAUAUUCAGUUGGUACAUGCAUGAUAUGUGGUUAGUAGUUUUGCAAGUUGCAUUGGCGUUGUUGAUUUUGUAUAAAAACCUCGGACUUUCUUCUGUUGCUGCUUUUGUUACGACCAUCGUUGUUAUGUUGGCAAAUGUUCUGUUAGGAUCGUUGCAAGACAAGUUUCCAAAAAAGUUAAUGGAGUCAAAGGAUACAAAAAUGAAAACCACAUCUGAAAUUUUAAGGAACACAAGGAUCCUUAGUCUACAAAGAUGGGAAAUGAAGUUUCUAUCUAAAAUAAUUGAGCUCAGGGACGCGGAACAAGGCUGGUUGAAAAAAUUUCUUUAUACUUCAGCCAUAACUACAUUUGUCUUUUUGGGUGCACGUACAUUAGUAUCCGUGAUUACUUUCGGUACUUGUAUGGUUAUAGGGUUCCCACUUGAAUCUGGGAAGAUUCUGUCGGCAUGCAACAAUUAGGAUUCUUCAGGAGUCUAUUUAUAAUCUUCUAGAUUUAAUUUCAAUGAUAGCACAUACUAAAGUUUCUGUAGAUAGGAUUGCGUCAUUACUUCGUCUUGAAGACUUGCAGUCUGAUGUUAUAGAGAGGCUUCCUCGGGGAAGUUCUGAUACGGCAAUUGAAGUGGAUGACGGGAAUUUUUCAUAGGAUUUAUCUUUGUCUAAUCCAACUUUACAGCACAAAAAUCUCGGUUUUUCAUGGCAUGAAGGUUGCGGUUUGUGGUACUGUUGGAUCAGGCAAGUUUACUUUACUCUCUUAUUUGCUCGGAGAAGUUCCAAAGAUAUCAGGUACCGUUAAGGUUUGUGGAACAGAGGCCUAUGUUGCUCAAUCGCUAUGGAUUCAAAGCGGCAAGAUAGAGGAUAAUAUAUUGUUUGGUGAACAAAUGGUUAGGGAAAGAUAUGAGAAGGUACUUGAAGCAUGUUCCUUGAAGAAGGAUUUGGAAAUCUUGUCAUUUGGUGAUCAGACAGUUAUAGGCGAGCGUGGCAUAAGUUUGAGUGGUUGACAGAAACAAAGAAUGCAAAUUGCUCGCGCUAUUUACCAAGAUGCUGAUAUCUAUUUAUUUGAUGGUCCUUAUAGAGCUGUGGAUGCUCAUACCGGAUCUCACCUUUUUGAGGAAUGCUUGCUAUGUGUUUUAAGUUCGAAAGCAGCUGUUUAUGUAAUCAUCAAGUGGAGUUCUUACCUACUUCCGAUCUUAUAUUGGAAUCAACCGAAUGUGGAAGAUAAAAGCUCCGUCUAAGUUGUCUUUUCUCGGCUGGAGACUUUUGCUAAACAGGAUCGCUAUUAAAGAUCAUUUGUUCAAGCGGAGAAUCAUUACGCGCAUAUUAUGGACUUGAGCUGCGUUUUCUAUGAUUCGAAAAUUGAGUCAAGAGCGCAUCUCUUUGAAGAUUGUGUGUUCUUGUUAAGAAUUUGGAAGAAGGUGUAUGAUUGGAUGGGCAAUUUUUUUGAGUUGUCUAUGGAGGAGUUUAUAAACUUCUUUUUCCACUGUGAGAAGUUGAAGAGCAGUUUAAAGAGGAAUAUCGUUGCAGUUAUUUGGCUCGUAACAGUUUGAAGCCUUUGGAUAUUGCAUAACGAAAUCAUUUUUAAGGGGGCAGCGUUCGUUUUUUAUGAUUGUAUGUCGGCUAUUGUUCUAAGGUCGUGGGUCUGGUUAUGCUCAUUUUGUAAAACAAUUGAUAAUUGUAACUUUUCCGUUUGGAAUACUCUACCACUCUUUUGUUUUAGGUGGCCGGGGCUUUCCGUAUUGUAUUUUUGGAUGGAAUAACCCUUAUAUUUCGUGUGUGUUUUUUUUACUAAAAAUAAAAAUAAAAAAAUAUAAUUUUAACGCAAAUAAUUUAGCCAAAUUAAAGGUAACAAUCAAACAUUACAUUUAAUAACUUGUCCUCUAAAAAUUCAACGGAAUUCAAAAUACAUGUGAAUUGUCUUGAUAUUUAGCCUUGAAUGCUUGCAGAUUCAUCCAUUACCAAUUGGGUAAUUUAUAUUGUCUUCCUCUUGUCUUCAUAUGCAUCACUUAUCGCAUGGAAGACAUGAAGAAUCAAGACUUGCAUAUGCAUCCCUUACCACUUUGAAUGCUUGCAGAUGCAUCCAUUACAUUUUGAAUAUCAACUGCACAUAAAUUGUAAAGUCAUUAGCAAUGUGAUAUUAUAAGUUUAUUAGCAGAGUGAGAGAACGACAUGAAGGAUCAACAUCACUUAUAUUAUAUAGUUGUCUCCCUAUAAAGCAUGAGAAUAGCUAUAAGACAAUUAUGAGAUAUAUGUAGCUUUGCCUCUGAGUGAGAUCCCUUGAAUGCAAAUCCCAAAAGAAAAAUAAAUUAUGACUCACCACAACAAUUCAUAUACCACAAACUUCAAAGUCUCAAUGGUAAUGAGAAUCAUUACUGAAGAUAAAACUAUGACUCACCUUAUUUAAUCAAGGAAAUCAUAGUUGUCUCAGGAUUCUAUAUUAAGAUUUCUUCGCCGCAAACAUCCCUUUCAAAUAACUGAAUUGAAAUGGCACCUUCUUUAAGUUACUCAUCAAAUUUCCACGAAAAAUAAAAGCCAUC